UUAACAAGGACACCUAACUAAGCAAAUAAUUUGUUAUUCACUGUUAGAACGAAAGAAGGAGAGAAAAUGGAGUUUCAUUCUCUUCCCAAUCUCUUCCUUCUUCUCUCCUUCUCCACCCUCUUCCUUUCAUCUCAAGCUAACGUUACUUUCAAAUAUUGCGAUAAGAAGGCAGACUAUCCUGUGAAGGUGACUGGAAUUGAAAUAUUACCAAACCCUGUUGUCAGUGGUGCUCCAGCCACCUUUAAGAUCUCAGCUACUUCUGGUAAAGCUCUUUAUGGCGGAGAUGUGGUAAUUGGAGUUUCCUAUGUUGGGGUGCCUGUCCAUUCUGAAACCAUUGAUCUGUGUAAGGAAGUAUCUUGUCCAGUUGCAAAUGGCAAUUUCGUGAUUUCUCACAGCCAGACACUGCCUGCAAUUACUCCACCGGGACCUUAUGCUCUGAAGAUGACACUGAAGGAUGACAAGGGUGGCCAGUUAACUUGCAUUAAGUUUAAUUUUAAAAUCGUUUUCGGAGCUCUUGUGUCUGACAUGUGAAGUGUUAUACUCUGCAUGCUUGAUCUGGAGGGUUACUUCUUUGCUUUGUUGUCCAGUGUUUUUUUACUGUAAAGUGUAUUGUGUAUCACCUUUCAAGAGUCAUUGUGACUAGGGCCAAUGUUGUCAAAUGUUUAAGUUAUAUACACUAUACAGUGACAUGAACUCAUAAUGUUCUAUAAGUUGAAUGGUGAAUCUUCCUUCAUUUGUGAACUUGGAUUAGAAGUAUUAUUUCCAUAA